CUUCUGAUGUCUUUAGUACCUCCUGGUGCACCAAAUGGCCUUGAAGUAGCAGACGUUGAUGCAGAAGAGGUCACGCUAACAUGGAUCAAGCCGAGACAGGACGGUGGUUCGAAGAUUACUGGUUACACAGUAGAGUAUAAACCGGCUAGCAGCGAUGAAUGGAUUAAAGCGCCAGUUACGAAGGACACCACUGCAACCGUUAGUGGUCUACGUAAGGGCGAGAAGUACACUUUCCGCGUUAGCGCCAAGAAUUCCGCUGGCACCGGCGAGCCUAGUCAGGCUACCAGGCCUGUGCUCUGCAAACCCAAAUACGAUGCUCCGGAUGCUCCGGGACAACCUCGCGUGGACGACGUAGACAAGGAUCAAGUCAAGCUCUCUUGGUCCGCUCCUCUUCGUGAUGGUGGGUCUAAAAUUACAGGCUUUGUAGUGGAGAAGAAGAAAUUGGGAGAUGACGAUUGGAGUAAGGCGGCCACUCUGCCUCCAUCCGCUACGACUGCAACCGUCGAUCAGUUGGAACCAAACGGAGAAUACGAAUUUCGUGUCCGUGCAGUUAAUGCCGCUGGUCCAGGUGAACCGUCCCUUCCAUCGGAACUCCGCAAAAUUGUGCCCAAACAAACCAAACCAAAUGGUCCUGAGGAAGUUUAUGUCAAGAAUGUACUUGCUAACUCCUGCACCGUUGAAUGGACCCCGCCGAAAUCUGAUGGUGGUUCUCCGGUCACUGGCUACGCAGUGGAAGUGUGUGAUGAAGCUACA